CAGCGUUUUGCGCGGUUUGGGCGCCAGUUCGCCGGCAUCGCUCGCACGUUUUCGCUGUUUCUUCUGAUAGAUCCCUGAAUUUUCUGGAGUAAAAAGGAAAAAUAUUCCCUAGAGAAAGGGGGCCUAUUGCGCUCAUUCAAACAUCACUGGAUAUUGGUAACUAUGGUAACUACCGUCGAACUAGACGGAUAACCAACACAAAGGGUAGGUACAAGGUAUAGUUUGAAGUUAUGUAAAGGGGAAUCAUCGAUGCAGGAUAUCGACUAGUUAAAAUGCCGAAUACUACCAUCCACUGGUCACGGAUGAAUCAUUAUGCACGUUGACCAGGACUGGCACAAUGUGGUAAAAAUUACGUGCGUUGGGUUUUUAGCCGUACUUGGAGCUUUUUUAAAUAUUGUUGUACUAGUUAUGUUCUACAAGAAGCCUUCACUCAGAUCUCCAUCAAACAGAUUCGUCGGUAGUCUAAUUGCUUCUGAUUUGCUGUCAUCUACCGUCCUUGGUCCUUUACUGGUAUCCGGUGUAAAGACCAUCAAUAAAGCCCUUACCGUGUUCGUCGCAACAUCUACAAUAUUUUCAAUAUUAGUUAUUGCAAUGGACAGAUACACAGCAGUUCUUAGUCCUCUUCAUUACGCUACAAAUGUUACUAGGCAAAAAAGUGUUCUAGUCAUAGGUACGGUUUGGAGCAUAUCAGCUGCGUUGACAUCACCAAUGUUAUUUAAGGACUUGUUAAUAUAUGAAAAGUUUCCUGAGGCGAUGAUGGAAAAAACACAUGGUUUGGUGUUGCUAGUGAUCGCAUUUUUAGUUCCUUGUGCUGCUCUUAUUUUGGUGUACUUUAAAAUGUACGUGGCAGCUCACAGGAACAGUCUACGGACGCGCAAGCACAGCGUGUGCAUAGAACCAGACCUGUCGCGGCGCAACUCGAACGCCAUUUUCUCGGCGCUGUUGUUCCGGGAGGAGAGCCGGGCCAUGAAAACGUCCAUGAUGGUGCUGUCCACAUUCCUGUUCAGCUGGACGCCGCUGUUCGUGCACGUGUCCAUUGCCCAGUUGCCGGACGAGGUGGUGUACACGUGCGCCCUGUCCGCGGCCACGCUCAACCCGCUCGUGUACGUGUUCCGAAACGACGCGUUCCGCAAAGAGAUGCUGCGCGUGGUGUGCAGCCGCAAACGGUUGCGCGAGUCGGCCGCGGCCAAGGCGUCGUCCGCCGGCCACCAGCAAAAUCGGCUGACGACGGCCCACCAGUCGGACAGCGUGUCGGUGCACAGUUUUCGCAUGUCGUCCGUCGAGUGCCAACACUCGUUCGACUCGGUCACGCCGCCGCCCGCCGACUUCGUCGCCACGUACAACCCGAUAAACGGAUCAGAGCGGUGUACACGUUACGAGAGUGUUACAUUCCGAUUGGCCCAACGUCGUUGCCAAUACUGCAGUAGACAGAGUUCGGACUCAUCACUGAGCAGUAAUUAUCCAUUGUUGAUCAACAAAAACCGUUCAUCAAGCGAACCAAACACGCCAAAACAUCACAACAACAACGAAAACAGAAUCGUCAUGUUUAAGGUAUCGGAAGUGGAAACCAAAAGAAACAAACUGCAAAGGAUGAUGGCGAUAGACAACGAUUGUCCAUCGACUCGAGUCUAAUAAUGAUAUGCCAAUGAAACACAAGCCAGACCUUAACUGAUCCUAUCACGCCGCCGGCGAUAUAUAGGCACUCGUCAACGUCAACAUUCGUCGAAGGAUAUACGUAGUCUAUAGAGUAAUGUUUGAAUAUUUUUUGCAUUAUAUAAUAUUAUCAUUAUUAUGUUCCAUAUUGGAAUCUGGAUAAAUCAAAUUAUAUGAACAUGUGGUAAACUUCCUCCUUCUCCCCACACAGUUGCCAAAGAAAAAAAAAUAUUAAUUUAGUGUUAAAUGUCAAUUCACAUGAUGGAAUAAUGUUAGUUAUUGGAAAACAUCUGAUUACUUGAAUGUAUAAAAUAUAUUAAAUUAUAUAUUAUAUAUGUAUAAAUAUAUUAUACAGAUAAGACUGCAAUUGUUGUGAUCUAUAGUCCAUAUAAUAAAUGUAUGUUCAUUUGUACACGUGCCGUAACGAAAUGAUUCACUGCUAUUAAUAAACCAAUUUUUUAUGUACCUACUGGAUGACUUUUUUUCUCACAGCGAAAUCCGCUUUAACCUAAUCUCUAUAUAAUAACGGAAUAAUUAAGUUUUGUUUUUCGUCUUCAAAACAAUUUGCUUUGUAUGUAUUGGAUGAAUAAAUGUCUUACUUUGUGGAUAUUACGAAAACCAUUCGAAUCGGCAUCCUUGGCUUUUGGUUUUAUUUAAAAUGUAAAUCUAGACGACUAAACCAUGACAUAUUAAUAUGUAUUUAUUGAGUAC